AUGAUUGAAAAACGGUUGAUGUUACUCACCUUACCCGAGAUACAAACAUAUAAAAUUGAAUUCAUCAUUAAUGUAAAUGCUUCCAUUGCCCUUUUGCUGUCUGCUGUUCAUGUUUAUCAUCUAACUAGAAAAACAUUGAAAAUUUAUCGGAUUGAGAAAACUACAGAAUGGGAAAACUACUUAAGUGUGCCGGAAAACUUAAAUGUAAGAACAAAAACAAAAAUUGAGUCAUGGAAGGAAAUAGAAUGCAACAAGUCUUGUCUAUUAUCGGGUAAGGCAUCUACAAAAUAUGAAGAAAGAGAAAGAAGUCUUGAUAUCAUCCCUAAGCCAUUGUUAGAAUUUCCAUAA